AUGUUUCUCCAACGCUCCGCCGUUGCCGUCGCUCGUCGAGCUGCCGCCGGCCCCGUCCUCCGCCGCAGCUUCGCCGUCUCUGCCAUCCGACGCAAUGUCAAGGAUGUCGAGCCUGCCCAGAACCUCGCACAAAAGGUGAAGGCUUUUGAUGAGAUCAAGACCGAGGAGGACCUUGUUGGUCCCGGUGCCGCCCCUGGAACCGUCCCCACCGAUCUCGAUCAGGCCACCGGUCUCGAGCGUCUAGAACUCCUAGGAAAGAUGCAGGGUGUGGACAUCUUCGACAUGCGACCCCUCGACGCCUCGAGGAAAGGAACCCUCGACAACCCCAUCAUGGUUAAGUCUUUUGGUGACGAGCAGUUCGCCGGUUGCACUGGCUAUCCCGUUGACUCUCACAUUGUCACUUGGCUCGGUAUGACCCGUGAACGACCGAUUGAGCGGUGCCCCGAGUGUGGAAGUGUUUACAAGAUGGAAUACGUUGGACCUCAAGAUGAUGGUCAUGGUCACCACGACCACCACGGCUACGAGGAGCCCAAGACCUUUGCCGACUACGUCAAGCCUCAAUACUACUAA